AUGGCUUACAAUCUGGGUGGUCUUCACGCAGGCUUAGUCAUGUUCCUAAUAGUGUCACUAAUUGCUCAGAUUAUCAUCCGAUAUAAUGAGGUGGACACAGUGUGCUUUUCAGCCUUUCUGCUAGUUGGUGUUCUGGCUAUAUCAGUCUUUGCAUAUCCAGCUUAUCGACACAAGCAGAAGCACCAUGAUUAUUUCGAAUACAGCCACCGCUUCAUUGGCUGGUUGCUGGCUGUAGUCGUAAUUGUGCAGAUUGUGUAUACCACAGUUGUAACCAAUGGUGAUCUCUGGCGCUCCGCAUCAACCUACUUGCUGGUGUGUUCAGUGUUCUUGGUUACUUGGCCGUGGAUAACGAUGAAAAAGGUGACCAUGGAUAUCGACGCACCCUCUAAAAUGGUAACAACACUAACCACAGCCCAAUCAACAGCCUUUGCGUGUGCCGGUACCACAGGGCGCGUUUCGUUUGGAUUCGCAUCUCAUUACCACUCUUUCGCUAUCCUCAAUGCAUUGACUGGUGACAAGGGUACCACGUUUACAGAUACUAUCAUCAAACACAAAGACCUCAUCAUGGUGGACAUGACGCUUCCUUCUAGUGUGGACAACCCAUGCGAACCACUAUCGGAUGAGAUUCUGUAUUCAAGCGCCACCACCCCAACCGCACAGCUAGCUGCGAUGGGCGAGGGGACAAACAGCGAUCAACAUGAAAACCUCGAGCGCAAGCAGAGCAUCGCUGAGUUGACCAUUGCUUACUUAGAGGCGGAAGACAAUGCAGCUGACACUGCGGCAGCUCAGAAUGUUAAAAUAGACGUGCCUUGUGUCGAGCUCAAACAGGGUAACAAAAUAUUCCCAGCUAUCUCAUUUUGUCCCACAGGUACAGUGGCGCUUGUGAAUGAAGAGCAGGCAGAGGAUGCGGUUCCUAUCCCGCCACCGGGUAAAAAAAACGUCCCAAUUUGUCAAAGCUCACACUGGCAGCAGUUGAGGUAUACAAAGCAGACGCAGUGUUCAUUGUCUCUGGUCCUAAACCAACUUAUGAUCUCACACAUGCGCUCUGGAAGCGUGGCAUCCCGGCGUACGGUGCCACGUGGGAUAGUUAAGGAUGACACUUCAUAG